AUGACGUGCAGUGACUUCAAAUCUAAGUCCGCCUCAGACCGAAAAACGGUUGUCGAGACCAGCCGAUUGUGCUACAAUUGCCUCGGCAAUCACACCGUCGCGAAGUGUCAAUCGACGAAGAAUUGCUUCACGUGCAAGGCUCGUCAUCACACGAUGCUUCACGAGGCAUACGCUCCUGCGUCAGCAUCGACCGAGGUCAGCGCGCUGUCCGCUGUGCGCUCCGCUGACGACCGCAAGGCGAUCCUCCUCGCGACCGCGCGAGUGACCGUCGCCGACCGCUACGGCAAUCCGCAUCCCGCUCGAGUCCUCAUCGAUCAAGGAUCGGAGGUCUCAAUCAUCGCCGAGUCUCUCGUACAACAGCUGCACCUGCAACGAUCUCGCUCCGCCGUGUCGAUUUUCGGAAUCGGGGGGUCGAAAUCCGGGUCAACCCGCGGGAAGGUGACGGUGAAUCUCACGUCCGUGACGACCGGAGCCACGAUUUCCGCCGUCGCGUUCGUGCUGCCUCGCCUUUCUCUGUACCAAGGCUCAACGACCAAGAAGAGCCCCGCCACGUGGCCCCAUCUCAAAGGGCUGCCUCUAGCCGAUGCGCAGUUUUCGGCUGGAGAUCCGGUCGAGUUACUUCUUGGGGCAGAAGUGUGCUCCACCAUCCUCGAAGAGGGCCUUCGAAAGGGCGGGCCGCAUGCCCCGAUCGCGCAGAAGACAGCCUUCGGGUGGAUUCUGUCCGGCGGCUGCGGUGCUUCAGCCCUCCACGCGCGCGGCAGCUUUCAAGCGACGGCCGACAACGAGCUGGCCGAUCUCGUGCGCCGCUUCUGGGAGCAAGAAGCAGAGCCUUCCACUCCCGCCGCCCUCACGCCCGAUGAACAGAGGUGCGAGGACUUUUAUGUGCGAACGCACUCUCGCACGGAGACGGGACGGUACGUGGUCCGCCUACCGUUUGCCAAGACGCCAACGACGUUGUCGAAAACUCGCCGACCGGCCGAACGCCUGCUGACCGCAAUGGAGCGUAAGUUCCAAAGAGACGCCCGGUUCGGAGAGCUCUACCGUCAAUUCAUGCGAGAGUACGAAGACCUAAAACACAUGGAGUUAGCUGCGGUCUCGCCAUUCAACGAGGAUGAGUAUGGAUGCUUCUUACCUCAUCAUGGAGUCCUCCGAGAAUCAAGCACCUCCACCAAACUACGGGUGGUUUUCAACGGAUCGCAAGAGACAAUGUCCGGCGAGUCGCUGAAUCACCACCUUUUGAUAGGCGCCAAUUUGCUGCCCGCUUUAGCCGACGUGUUGACGCGCUGGCGCUGGCACCGCUACGCCUUCGUCACGGACAUCGAGAAGAUGUACCGGCAGAUCCUCAUCCACCCGGACGACAGGACGUACCAGUGCAUCCUCUGGCGGUGCGCCCUCCUCGCCCUCGUGUGCGUGUACCGGCUCCUCACGGUGACAUACGGCCUCGCGUGCGCGCCUUUUCUAGCCAUUCGCACGUUGCAACAGUUGGCUCAUGACGAACAAUCGCGAUAUCCGCAGGGAGCAAUCGCGUUGCGUGAGGACACCUACGUGGACGACGUGGUCUCGGGCGCGAACACUCUGUCCGCCGCGAUCGCGAAACAAGCCGAACUCCGCGGACUGUGCACGGCGGGCGGGUUCCCGCUUCGAAAAUGGGCCGCGAACGACGAGAAAGUGCUGUCAGGAGUCCCAUCCGAUCACCGACUUCACCACGAACCGCACUCAUGGGAAAACGACUGCUUUUCCACUCUCGGGUUGUUGUGGCACCCGAACGAGGACACGUUCGCGUUUGCGAUUCACCCGCGCACCGUCACCGAACUCUCGAAGAGACGCGUCCUCUCGGAAACCGCACGUCUUUUCGAUCCACUAGGAUGGCUCGCCCCCGUAGUCAUUCGCGCGAAGAUUCUCAUCCAGUCCGCGUGGCUCCAGAGACUCGAGUGGGACGAUCCUCUUCCCACCGCCGACGCGCAAAGCUGGAAGAGCUUCCUCGAGGAGCUGCCUCUCCUCUCCCGAUUACGCAUCAACCGCUGGCUCGGCAGCGGGGAAGAAGACGCACAAGCAGAGCUGCACGGCUUUGCCGACGCAUCCGAGCGAGGAUACGCCGCUGCCGUGUACCUCCGCAUCACCAGGAACGGCACCGUGGCCAUUCAACUGUUGGCCGCAAAGAGCAAGGUGGCCCCGGUCAGGCAGGUGACACUGCCACGGCUCGAGCUCACUGCCGCCGACUUGCUCACGUCUCUCACAGAUCACACUCGUUCCACUUUGCGUCUGUUCACAGCACCCACGUUUCUUUGGUCCGACUCGCAGGUUACCCUGAAGUGGAUUCAAGGACACGCUUCCCGCUGGAAGACCUACGUGGCGAACCGCGUGGCUCGCAUUCAGCAACGGCUGCCCGACGCUCAAUGGAGACACGUCCCCGGGAGGGACAACCCUGCGGACUGCGCCUCCAGAGGAAUCGCCCCUGGCGAACUGCUGGAGCAUCCCCUGUGGUGGACUGGACCCGCCUGGCUCUGCGAGGACCGAUCUCACUGGCCGAGCGGGGACCUUGUGAUGUCCGACACCGAUCUGCCCGAACAGAGAGUCGCGGCACACGUCGCCACCGAGAAAAUCGAGGAGGAACCCGAGAUGCUUCUCCGGUUUUCCUCCUUGCACCGGCUCCUCCGAGUCACGAGUUGGUGCUUGCGUUGGCGUCGCACCGCUUCCCGCACUACCGCACUUACACUGCAAUCGACCGAAAUCAAUGACGCACUGCUGCUCUGGCUUCGCGUGGUGCAAGGACUGCACUUCACCAACGAGAUCACGGCCCUCUCUUCAAACCGCGCUGUGUCCCAUCGCAGUUCGUUAGCGAACCUGAGUCCAUUCCUGGAUGACCACGGCGUGCUGAGAGUCGGAGGCCGCCUCAAGCAUGCUCUGCUGUCCACCGAUGAGCGACAUCCGAUGAUUGCACCGCCGUCCUCGUGGCUCACUCGGUUGCUCAUCGAGUCGUGCCACCGUCGAACACUGCACGGAGGAGUGCAGCUCACUCUUGGUUUACUCCGCCGUCGCUUCUGGAUUCCUCGUGGCCGCUCAGUCGUCAAACAGCGGCUGCACCGCUGCAUCACUUGCACCCGCUGGCGAGCCACGACACCGCAACCGCCGAUGGGCGACCUUCCGAGAGGCCGAGUCACGCCAGCGCGUCCUUUUCUCCGGACCGGCCUGGACUAUGCCGGCCCGAUCCUCCUCCGCACGAGCAAGGGCCGCGGACAUCGAGCGUACAAGGGCUUCAUCGCCGUAUUUGUGUGCCUCUGCACCAAGGCGGUGCAUCUGGACGUCGUGUCAGAUUACACGACGGACGCCUUUCUCGCAGCCUUACGUCGCUUUAUUUCCCGUCGAGGCCUCUGCGAGGAGAUAUAUUCAGAUUGCGGCACUAAUUUCGUGGGAGCCGAUCGAGUCCUGAGGGAGCUCUUUCGAGCGUCGUCUGCCGACGGCCGUCGCCUUGCUCACACCGCCGCCACGGAGGGCAUAAUCUGGCACUUUAACCCUCCGGCUGCGCCGCACUUCGGAGGACUGUGGGAGGCCGCCGUGAAGUCGACCAAAUUCCAUCUCCGUCGGGUCAUUGGGGAGACGACGCUCACUUUUGAGGAGAUGAGCACUCUCCUCUCUCAGGUCGAAGCCUGCCUUAAUUCCAGGCCACUGCAGGCUUUGUCCGACGAUCCGGACGACAUAUCCGCUCUCACACCGGGCCACUUCUUGAUCGGCGCUCCCCUCCUGGCCGUGCCCGAACCCGCCUUGAAUGACGCCGCUGAGAGCUCACUAUCCCGGUGGCAACACCUCCAAAAGAUGCGCGAUCACUUUUGGGCACGGUGGUCGCACGAGUACAUCAACGGGAUGACAUCUCGCUCGAAAUGGACCAAACCCGAGGACGCACCUGCCGUCGGCUCCCUGUGCUUGGUACGCGCCGAAAGCACUCCACCGAGUCGAUGGCCACUGGCCCGCAUCAUUCGAGUGCACCCCGGCGACGAUGGCAUUGUUCGCGUGGCGACAAUCCGCACCUCAACGUCAGAGCUCGUGCGACCACUGUGCAAACUCGUGCUUCUCCCCGGGACUGAGGACCAGCCGCCGCCGACGGAUGCGUGA